AUGUUAGAUCAUCGAGCAGAGGAACGCAAAGUCGCGUCUCGUCUUUCGAGACGUGUCAGCGCAACGCAUCGCAUCUUUACGCGCUCGACGGUCGGAUUCUUUGGAAUUUUGGGCUUUCGUGUCGCUCUGAGCCAAAGCCAAAAGAGUAGAGGUUGGAGCGCGCGCUUCAGUCGAGUCGCGUUGCCAUCCCUCCAUCCCUCCAUCCCCACCAACCAUCGAUCAACAUCCUCGUCAUCCAUCAACACCCUCAUCACUCCACCCUUCAGCACCCAUUCAACACCGCAUCGACCGCAAAUUGUCUCCGAUUCGCCCGCCGUCUUGCUUUGGCUCCCCUCGCCACCUCCAUCUGCCAAUGACACGCUAGCCAACCUCGCCCUGUUCAUCGCCAUCACACCCAUCUCGACCACAUCCGGCCCGUCGGCCACCAUCGCGGCCACAUUCAAGGUCCUCUACACGCUCGACUCGAGCCCCUCCCACACCAUGGUCGCCCGCCUCGGCAGACCCAUCCCCGUCGACGUCAUCAUUCCCAACAUCACUCCGCCUUCGCCUCURGUCGCUUCGUCCUCCUCCUCCGCCUACCACGCCACAACUCCACCACGUCACGUCCGCUUCGGCCGCGUCGCUCUCAAAGCCUGCCUCGGCGCCGUAUGCAUGGCCAGCCCAGAGCUCCUCCCAGAUGGCAAGAGGGACUACAUCAUCUAUGCCGUCGAUCCAGAGGAAUCCCUGCGUGCAAACCAGCUCCGAUCGCCAUCCGCCUCCUCGCCCUCGCGCUCCGCCUCGUCCACCUCGCUCCGCGACCGCGCAGAGCCAGGCUCCACCAAGCUUCCCGCCAGCCCGCCCCGUGCCAAGGACGCUCCCACAUCCAUCCUCGUCGGAAAGGGCUUCUUCAACUGGGCGCUCCAAGAGUACGGCGACGGCGAAACCACCGUCACAGGACGCGUCCGCUCCGACGGCAGGCGCCUUCGCUACGACAACGGUCGCGAGUACGAAGAGGACAUCAACGUGCUCGAAGUCGUCAUCAAACUCAAAGAGUCCCAGGCACGCAACAAGGACAAGUACUUCAACCUCGUCCGCGGCCUCUCCUCGGCGUCCACAUCCAGCUUCAGUGCGGCCUCCGAUUCGCGCGCGCCAUCCUCAUCGCGCACAGCCGACAUCGAGCCCCCUUCGCCUACACACCGCUUCCGCUCGCGCCACUCCCACCGCGAUCAACACUUGACGCUCCACUCCGAGCCCGACUAUCCAACAUCCGCAGACAGUCCCGUCGACACGCACCCUCGCAGGUCGCUCGCGCGCUCCGUGCAUCGCCACGCGCCCCCCACAGCAGACGCACAGCCCCAGCGCGACCUCUCGCCAAAGACGACAACGCAGCAGCUCGGCCCCGCACCUGGCCUGCCUCUGCAUCCCACCUUGGCUGCAUCCUCGUCCGCUUCCACUCAACAGCCUCAAUCCGCCACAUCUCCAUCCGCAGUCUCGUCCGCAGCCGCUGCCAACCCGUCCACACUUCAGCUCCUCACCAUCCUUCACAGCCUCCAGCAGCGUUCCUCCAAAUCAGCUCCAGAACCCGCCCAGCAGGCUCAACUCGAAAACCUGCUCCAACAGGUCGCCCAGGUCUUUGGCACAGCCUCUCCCGCCUCGCCCUCCGAAGCCCCGCUCUCCUCGCCUGCACUCCGUCCUCUCGAACCCAUCCCCGUGCCUAACGCACGCUCACCAGCGCCACACCCAGCCUCCGACGCCUCCACCGCCACAGCACCAGCACCAGCAACCGUCCAAUCGGGCAAGGAGAAUCGCAGAGUCAGUCUACCGGCACAAGCGGCCACUAAGGACUCGCCUCAGGUCGGCUUCUCCGAGCACAACUCGCGCCGCCCAUCCGCAUCGUCGCCGGCAUUGGACCACGACGACGCCGCUCCCAGCCCCUCGAUCCAGCGGAAGGACCACGAGUCCACCAAUCGCAUCUGCUACAAUUGCGGCACCAACGUACCCACCACCUGGCGCAUCCUCAAGCUCCCCGCAGGCAGCAUCAUCAACAACCCCGCCGCAGAGAAGCCAGCCGCCACAUCCACCGAUGCCAGCGCCGAUGACGCCGACUCGGGCUGGAAGCCGCGCUUCGACGCCACCCAGAGCCCCGUCCACGCCGACGGCGAAUCGCGCUGGUCCGCGUGCAACCCUUGCGGCCUCUACUAUCUCAAGUGGAACAACUCGCGUCCCGAGUACGUCUGGAAGAAGGAGCACGCCACCAAGGCCUACCGCGAGCGCAAGGCGCUCGCCGACGCCGCAAAGAGGCGACGCGACACCGUCGAGGCCGGCUCGAGCAAGCGCGCACGCAUCGCCAAUUCGGACGUGGAUGCCGCGUCUCCCUACAGCGCUGCUGCCACGCCCCAUGGCUCCAACAAGCCCAAUGGAGACGCUGAGGCGCGCGACGAGUCCACCUCGCCCAACUACGACGCAUCCACGCCCGCAUCCAGCUCGGGUCGCAAGGCCAGCAUGCCGCGCACGCUCAGCGAGGCAUGCCAUCGCGACGCAGAGAAGCUCGAGUCGCAGCGCACCACCAAGAAGAAGGAAAAGGAAAAGCCGCUCUGCAAGAAGCAGGCCGACCGCGAGUACGUCCUCGACCACAACACGGGCAAGUGGCGCAGCAGGAGGAGCAUGCGCGAGAACCCAGAGGGCAAGCGUCCCGGUCGACCCAAAGGCUCAGUCAAAGUGCCUCAGAACGCCACCAAGCCUGGCGGUGACGACUCGUCGCCUCCCACCACCACCAAGGACGAAGCCCAGAUGCAGCCCCUGGGCGCAUCGGCCAAGCAAGCCGACGCCGGCAGCAGCAGCAGCAGCGAUGCGAGCGGGUCCAAGCCGAGCGGGUCGGCCAACAAGGCACAGUCGAAUCUGGCAGCAGGGCAGCGCGAGGUCGACUUUAGGCUGCCCGCACCACCUCAGCCCAUGGCGCCGCAGCUGGCGCGCCAGGCGUCUGCGUCGCGCAUGGUCAACUUUGCGCAGUCGAGUCCGGUGCGCCCGUCGAUGAACGCGAGCCUGAUGCAGCCCGAGGCGGUGAAUGCGCUGCACCGAUUCGGCGCGCACAUGCUCGAGAGUCCGUCGCGCGACGUGCGGUUCCGCGUGCCGAGCUAUCUGAUGAACUCGAGCCCGGGCACCAUGCUCGACACGCUCAUGAGCGAGGCCGACUUUGACUUUGAGGAGCUCGGUCCGUUGGGACCGCUGCAGACGCCGGGGACGCUGCUGGGCAACAUGCGUGAUGCCGGCACGCCGCUGCGCCUGCGCCGCAGCCCGCGCAAGAAUCCGCACGGCACCAUCUCGGGGCAGAACCCCUAUGCGUCACCGACCGCCAAGCGCGGCAGCCCGUCGUUCGGCAGGGAGCGCAGAGCGCAGGUGCCCGAAUCGCCGAGUCGCAGGUCGGUGGUGGCCUCGAGCAGUGCCAGUCCGGUGACGAGGAGUAGGACGCGUUCGGGUCAGGGCGUGCUGCAUCCGGCGCUGUACUCGAGCAGCGACGGCGCGGAGAACGCGCAUGCCAAGAGCAGCAGCAACGUCACUUCGCCCGCUUCGCCCUCGGAGGCCGCCGGCAAGGGCAAGGGCAAGGCGGCGUCGUCGCUGCAGGCUACGGGCAAGACGCAGCUGGCGUCCAAGCAGGCGCAGGUCGAGGCGAGUGCGCGCGCAGCCUCGCGCCGCCGCCGUGCCGAUGCGGACGACCAAGACGACGACGCGCCCGAGACGCAAUUCGUCAAGGGCCCCUACCGUAGUGCGAGCCGCGAGGGGUCGGCUGGUUUGCCGUCGUGCCCUGCGUCGCCGAGCCUCGGACGGGCGAACCGCAAGCUGGGUCGACACCUCAGCAGCGUCAGUGCGCACUCGCCGCAGUCCGGUGCCGCUACGCUCGCCAGGCUCGAUCUGCCGCCGAGCAGCCCAGCGUUCGACCCUCCCACGGGGCGCAGUUCGGGCUCGAUUGAGGUGGAUGGUUGGGGCCGCACGCCGAGCAUGCGCGAGAUCUUCCCCACGCCGAGCGAUCUCGACUGGCCCAGCGACGCGUCGCCCGCCCCACAAGGCGAUGCCGCCACAGCGCCCUCGGUGCAGCCCGAGAGCGACAAGCAGCUGGUGGUCAAGCCUUCCACUGCUGUGGUUCGCCGCCGACCGUUACCGGCGACGGUGGAGGAUGGGAGCUCGUCGGUGUCGGGUUCGUCGCCCGCGCAUUCGGACGACUCGCCCGAGGGCAGCACCAACAUGUUUGACCUGCUCGAGGAUCCGUAUGGCAUCCUGGCUGCUUCUGGCUUUGGCAUCGACGCCGACGGUGCGCUCACGAGCCUCGAGAUUCCCGUGCCUGCACAGCAGCAGAUGACGCCCACAUCGUCGGCUGCGGCGAGUGGCACGGCACCUUCGAUUUCCGCCGACAAGUUCAACGAUGUCUCGCUGCACCCGGCGCAGGAGUUUGGCGCGCAUCUGAGCGAGUUCAACUCGAGCGGGGGCGUGGGUGUGGCUGCGCACGUGGCGGGCACGGGUACAGCGGCAGCCGUGCAGAUCGCCAACCCCUCGGAUGCCAGUGUCAACUCGCUCGCGGGUGUGGAUGCUGGAUUCCUGGCCACGUUGCCGCGCGAGUUGAGCGCGAUUCUCACGUCGCCCAAGAAGAACAUCCCGCCCAAGAUCAUCGAGCUCCUCGCGAGUCCGUCCAAGGCCAAGCCUUUUGCCGACCCGCCCUCGCCCGGGCUGGAGCGCGUGCAAGGCGAGACGCACGACUUUUCCGCCCUCUUUGCGAAUCCCGACAUCCAGGCUUUGCUGGCCGAGUUCGAGUCCAUGCCCUAG